ACGGAGGGCGUGCAUCGCCACCUGUUCGAAGGGACUUGAAUCACCCGUGAUGCCGGACUCUGGUCGCCGGCAUCCACUGCUUGACAGCUAUAAAAGAGCUGCACACUUGAAGGCGGGUUCUCCAGCCCUCAGUUGACCUGUGCGAGCCAAUCUUCUCAAGUUCAGGUACUGGAUACUUGACUUGCUUCUUCACAGUUCGCUCUUCAUUUCGUCACGACUUUCAACCCUACACCUCUUACGACACUUUUCCAUAUUCACAAUCUUCACGAUCAAGAUGCGUACCUCUACUGUCGUUGGUGUUCUCGCCCUCACUGCUCCUGCUCUCGUAAGCGCCACAAAGGGCAGGAGUGGCCCAGCCGCCAAAGCUGCGAAGCACGUCGGCCAUGCCGUGAGCGCCUUUAGGGGGAACGGGGACGGGAACCAGCGCCGUGCUGACAGCGAUGAUCUCUACGCUCGCUACUACGACGACGAGCUGUACGCGCGGGAGCUCGACGACGAGCUAUAUGCGCGGGAGUACGACGAUGCUCUCUACGCUCGCGAGUACGACGAAGCACUCUGGGCACGGGACGACUUCGAGGACCUCUUCGCCCGUGCUUUUGGCGACAAGAACACCGAGACUCCAGGUCAGAAUGCUCAGCCAUUGACGGAGCACACCGAGAAGGCCCACGGCUCUAAGGCAGGCUCUAAGGCUGAGGCGAAUGACCUACACCCCCAGCACCCCCUCACGCAGGAGAACGGCCAGCGUACUGGUCACCCGUCUGAGCACCACGCCGCGCAUGCCGGCCAGCACCCAGACCAGCACUUCGGUCAGCACGGUCAGCACACCACGGGGCACUCUGCCGUCGAGCACCCCGGCGAACACCGCAAGCACCCCGGCCCACACCGCCAGCACCCCGGCCAACACCGCCAUCACUCCACGGGGCACUCUAGCGUUGAGCGCCCCGGCCACUCCGCGAAGCACCCUGGCGUUGAGCGCCCUGGCCAGCACACGCCGGCGCACUCUCCCGAGCGUCACGGUCACCAGCACCCGACCGAGCCCUCGACUCAGCACCCUGGCCAACCCUCGACUCAGCACUCGGCCGAGCACCCCGUCCAGAACAAUGCUGAACACCCCGCGAGCCCAGCCAUCAAGCGUCCUGGACAGGCGUCGUCAGCAGCCGUUCGUCGCGAGCUCCUUGAGAACUUCCUGUGAGUAUCGGCUCGGUCAUCUCCCGAUGACAUGGUGCUCAUGUCUCUCAACAGCAUGUCUCGCGGCAUCGACAUUGACGAGCUCGACUGAGCAUCGCUGGCCCCACGCAGCUUCCUUUGUGAUGAUUAUGACGAUAUAGUUAUGUGACAGGUGUAUUGAGUUAACGAUGUUUAUGAAUAGCGAACUUUCUGAGGGCUCAA